AUGCCGGAUAGAAAUGGAAAAGCAUACAUCAUACUCGAGUUUGAUCAAUCAAUUGAUGAAAUUAAACAAAAAUUGAGUUCAAUGUUUUCAGGUGGUAACGUGGAAUUAUCAAAAUUUCAACCUAAUGCGACAUCAUUGAUGAACGCAAAGGAUAUUGUCGAUGAUGUUGUUGGAAAAAAAUUUAUAUGGAAACCAUGGACAACUGGUAUGACACCAUCUGAAUUUGCAGUUUCAGAUAAUAUGAAUUGUAAACGAUUCGUACAAAAAAUUGAACAACAUUUAAACUAUAGAGUGCCAACAGAAUUUUAG